UGGACUCUCAGUUUGUCAGCUAGAGACUAAGUAUCCCUUUACCAAGCACAGCACCGUCAUACAGUAGUCCUCGCUCGGGUGCCUCGUUCCAACUAUAUCAUACGAUGCAAACGGGUGACUCUACAAGUGACUCGGCCAAAGGAGUGGCGAUGGCGCCGCUAAGUAGACAGAGUGGUUUUGAUCCCGCCAAGAACGAAAAUGCCUCUGAUUCUUUGCAGGCAACACACGGUGUUGUGGCCAACGUCCUACGAAGAAUAAAUUGGAUUCCGCCGUGGUGUCGUUACGAUCCAGACAACCCACCGAAAUUUACGCUGUCCAUGAAUAUCCUACUCGCUCUUAGUACCACAUUUACAGUUGCGAACUUGUAUUACCCACAGCCUAUCCUCAACGUCAUUGCCAAAGAUUUCCACGUUAGCUAUGAGCGUUCAUCGAACGUAGCAACGCUGUCACAAGCAGGUUACGCAGCGGGGCUGUUGUUUCUUUGCCCCUUGGGAGAUAUAGUUCCCCGACGACCUUUCAUUCUCUUCUUGAUAUUGGUCACCGCGACGAUGUGGAUCGGUCUAUGCCUGACGACUUCAUUCGAAGCCUUCGUCAGUCUAUCCUUUCUUUGCGGCGUAGGAACUGUUACACCACAGCUUAUGCUCCCCCUCGUGGGGGAUCUUGCUCCAACUCAUCGCCGUGCUGCUUCUCUCUCUAUUGUCGUUUCGGGGCUAGCCUUGGGCUUACUAGUUGCUAGGGUAUUGUCUGGUGUCGUGGCGAACUUCACCGCGUGGAGGAAUAUCUACUGGUUUGCCCUUGGAGCCCAGUACCUUACAUUUGUUGUCCUUUUUUUAACCCUUCCAGAUUACCCAGCCAAAAAUAGGGGUCUGAAUUAUUUUAAGGCUAUACGGAAAAUGGCCGUCCUCGUCUUCGAAGAACCUCUACUUGGACAAGCUUGCCUGAUGGGAUUUUUGCUCAGCGCCGCAUUCACCAAUUUCUGGACGACACUGACAUUUCUGCUCGCAUUACCACCAUAUAACUACUCUUCGUUGGAGAUUGGAUUAUUCGCAUUCAUUGGAGUUGCUGUGAUCUCUCUAGCCCCCAUAUGGUCACGCCUCAUUACUGACAGAUUUGUCUUCUUGUUCUCGAGUAUCUUGGGCCUUUCUUUUGAACUAAUCGGUAUUAUAAUCGGAACGUUCAUCGGGGGCUUCACCGUGGCAGGGCCAAUAAUUCAAGCCAUAUUUAUGGACACUGGCUCUAAUUUCGCGCACACUGCGAACAGAAGCAAUAUAUACAGACUUAACCCCCGAGCGCGGAAUCGUGUCAACACAGUAUACAUGGUGUUUUGCUUUGCCGGGCAAUUGACGGGAACAGCAGCGGGCAAUCGUUUGUUUGCUCAAGGAGGCUGGCUUUGGAGCAGCAGUAUGAAUAUAGGCUUCAUUGGCACAGCAAUCCUUAUCGGACUGGCAAGGGGUCCCAGGGAGAGAGGAUGGGUGGGCUGGAAAGGUGGCUGGAAUAUCAGAAAAGAUUCGGGUACUACAGAAAAAGUAGGACCUGAAGUUGUUGAUACUGAGGGGACGCAGACUCCACGCAAGUCGUGAAGAGCGAAUUAACGGACUGAAUAAAGUCGAAAGCUAGAACAAGCUACUACCAAGCGUGAUCUACCAGAACUCGAACUUACCCCAGCUAACCUCAGAGAUCUAUGUUGUCAAGAGAACACCGUGCACUGCUCUGCAUUCAGGUUCCAGGUGUAAGUAACUUUUGUCGACCACGAGCCUCCAGGAGCACCGCAAUAAAAAAGUUGCCAGGGGCUAUUGUGGCCUCAUCGAUGCGACCAUGUCGGAAGAUGUCAGAUUCACUACAAUUCUUUGCCGUUACUAACAACCAACAGCUCGUAAGGUCGAACAGAAUCUUGGCUUCCUGCUCGAACCAUGUUGGGAAACAAAUUAUUUCCCCCACUGAUAGUAAAUAAGUAGGCAAUAGCUGAUUUUGAGGAUCGUAU